GUGUUUUAACAGACAGAUUCUCCGCGAAGUUAUGGGGCUGCGUUUCCUUCUAUCGGGUUUGGCAAUCUUGGCCGUCGGAGAAGGUGGUCUUCUGAAAAAUAACGGUAAGAUUGUAGGUGGAAAGCCCGUGACAAUCGACGAUGUUCCAUAUCAGGUCUCGCUACUCUUGGGCUCCCGUCACUUUUGCGGAGGAUCUAUUCUGAAUGAGAACACUAUACUGACUGCUGCACACUGUGUUGAAAGGAUCAGCCCCAGUAGCCUCCAAAUUCGAGCCGGAUCCAAUAAAACUAGCUGUGGUGGACUAGUGGUAGCAAUUAAAUCUGUUCAAUCUCAUGUAGAUUACAAUGCAUUUACGAUGGAUUUUGAUGUCGCUAUCCUUAAACUGAAGAGUAAUUUGGAGUUUGGAGAAACGAUUGCUCCUAUUGAUCUUGCCUACUCGGAAGACUUUUAUCAACCCAAAAGCAUAGGUAUAGUUAGUGGAUGGGGAACGCUUGAGCCUCAAGGACAACUAGCCAAUGUGCUGCAAGGAGUAGAAGUUCCCAUUGUUGAUCAUGCAAAAUGCAAUGAAACGUAUAAAACAUUGGGCGGCAUAACCGAGAACAUGUUCUGCGCUGGAAAGCUCGGUGUGGGUGGGAAAGAUUCAUGCCAAGGUGACUCUGGCGGUCCGCUAGUGGUAAGCGGUAAAUUGACUGGAAUUGUGUCAUGGGGAAUCAGCUGUGCAGCUCCUGAAUAUCCAGGUGUUUACGUUAAGGUUCUGCAAGUCAGGGAGUGGAUCAAAAAGAAUAUGGGUUUAAAACUUGCUCAUAAGACCAAGCCCCCAACUGCGAAAAUGGAUUCGUUGAGGAAACAUAACUUCUUCAUCGAUAUUCAAGGAUUACGCAAGUUGAGAGACGAAAGUAUUUUCAACUUCAUCGCUAAAAACUUGAAGCUGACACCAGUAGAAGUAGCUGCCAUACAAAUCGAUCGGAUCGAAGGAAAAGUAUUCGUGGAACUGAGAACACAAGAGGCGGUUCGAGAGGUAGUGGAGGAGUACGACGAUAAGUUCGUUCUCAACAACAAUGGCAAUCCUCACCGUAUGAGACUUUACGUGGAGGAUGGUGGAACUGACGUGAAAUUACAUCAUCUGCCACCGAAGAUGCCAGAAGAGUGGAUUGUGGAAUAUCUCUCGAAUUAUGGAGAGAUUAUUAGCAUCAAACAUGAAAUGUGUCGAUCACAGUUCUUCUCUCAAACCCCGAGCGGCGUACGUAUUGUACGCAUUCGCAUGAAUUCUUCAAUUCUAUCUUUCGUAAACAUCAAAGGUUACAGCAGCCACUGCACCUAUACAAAUCAAAUACAAACUUGUAGACACUGUAAUCAGGAGGUCAAUUUCGGGACCAGUUGCGCUGAAAACCGAGUGAAACUAUCGACUCAAAGCAAAAGUCCAACGCUCUACUCCAAAGUGCUUGUCGGUCCGACAAGAGAGCAUGCCGAUUCCGUUCAAGAAAAAGCAACACCACAAAAAACACAUUUGUCGACCCAACAAAACACAACACAGCAAUCCCAAAGUCAUUUCAAACGCCCCGCUCAACCCCUGGAUGAGGAAUCUAGGGAAAAAGCAGUUAAAACCACAGCACCACACACCGAUCCAACGAAUGAGCAGACUAUCUACCAAACACACAAACCAAUGACGAGCAGCAUGUGGUUCGGUUCGGUGGUAGGAAAAAACAUGUAUUUGGUCACAGCUAUUGUUGGUAUCCUUCUCUGUUCAGCGCUGCAAUGCCUGGGAGCACCCGGAACCGACACUAGAAUCGUAGGAGGCAAGGACACAGUUAUAGAGAAUCAUCCAUAUCAGGUAUCACUGCGACGUCACGGGGCACACACAUGCGGUGGGGCGAUUAUUACGGUCGACACCAUCCUGACAGCGGCCCAUUGCGUAUACUACACUAAUGCCAACCCCAGCGAUUUCUCGAUCCGCGCCGGAUCUACUCAACGGACCGUUGGGGGCCAGCUAAUUACCGUUUCUGAAAUCAUCAACCAUCCAAAAUACGACGAUUGGACGCUGCAAUGGGAUAUUUCAAUCCUGAAGCUGAGUGAGAAUUUAAUCUUCGGACAGAGCGUCCAGCCGAUCGCGUUACCAGACAGAACAUUCACAAUCGAGCACGGUUCCAAGGUAUCCAUCGCUGGAUGGGGAACCCUCUAUUAUCAAGGACCGAGCACAGAAAGGCUACAGAGUGUUUCGGUGCCAAUCGUUUCGAAUGCUGAAUGUAGCAAGGCUUACGAGCAAUUCGGACCCAUUCUUUCUACCCAUUUGUGUGCCGGCGCUGCGGGUAUUGAUGCCUGCCAGGGAGACUCUGGAGGUCCGCUCGUGUCCAAUGAGAUGGUCAUUGGUGUCGUUUCGUGGGGUUACGGCUGUGCCUUCCCGGGAUAUCCGACGGUGUAUACUCGGGUUUCCGAGUUUUUGGACUUUAUUAAGGAGAAUUUGUAAAGCACGCAAGAAAGCAACAGACAAUUAAUUAAUCGAAUAAUUAUAAUUGAAUCA